CUGCGCCCAGCGGUUUCGGCUCCUCCCUCUCCCGGGGCCUUAGUCCCACCAUGGUGCUGGAGUCGGUGGUCGCGGACCUCCUGAACCGCUUCCUGGGGGACUAUGUGGAGAACCUGAACAAGUCCCAGCUGAAGCUGGGGAUCUGGGGCGGUAAUGUGGCUUUAGAUAACCUACAGAUAAAAGAAAAUGCUCUGAGUGAGUUGGAUGUUCCUUUUAAAGUCAAAGCUGGCCAGAUUGAUAAAUUAACUUUGAAGAUUCCUUGGAAGAAUCUUUAUGGAGAAGCAGUUAUUGCGACCCUAGAGGGACUAUACCUGCUUGUUGUCCCUGGAGCAAGUAUUAAAUAUGAUGCUGAAAAAGAAGAAAAAUCCUUGCAAGAUACUAAACAGAAAGAGCUAUCCCGAAUUGAAGAAGCCCUCCAAAAAGCAGCGGAGAAAGGCGCACAUUCAGGGGAGUUCAUAUAUGGCUUGGAAAGCUUUGUUUACAAGGACGUCAAGCCUGGACGUAAACGUAAAAAGCACAAAAAACAUUUUAAGAAACCUUUUAAAGGUCUUGAUCGCUCGAAAGAUAAACCAAAAGAAGCCAAAAAGGAUACGUUUUUGGAAAAGUUGGCAACCCAAGUAAUUAAAAAUGUACAAGUAAAAAUCACAGACAUUCACAUUAAAUAUGAAGAUGAUGUCACUGAUCCACAGCAGCCUCUUUCAUUUGGUGUCACACUGGGAGAACUUAGUCUGUUGACUGCAAAUGAACACUGGACUCCAUGCAUAUUAAAUGAAGCAGAAAAAAUUAUAUACAAGCUUAUACGACUUGAUAGUCUUAGUGCCUACUGGAAUGUAAACUGCAACAUGUCUUACCAGGGAUCAAAGGAACAGAUCUUGGAUCAGCUGAAAAGUGGAAUUCUUACAAGUAACAAUAUACCUGCAAAUCACCAAUAUAUUUUCCAGCCAAUAUCAGCUUCUGCAAAGCUCUACAUGAAUCCUUAUGCGGAAACAGAGCUCAAAACACCCAAACUUGAUUGGAACAUAGAAGUACAGAAUAUUGCCAUUGAAUUGACCAAACCUCAGUACUUAAGCAUGAUUGACCUUUUGGAAUCAGUGGAUUAUAUGGUUAGAAAUGCCCCUUACAGGAAAUAUAAGCCUAAUUUACCACUUCAUACCAAUGGUCGAAGAUGGUGGAAAUAUGCAAUUGAUUCUGUUCUUGAAGUUCAUAUAAGAAGGUAUACACAGAUGUGGUCAUGGAGUAACAUAAAAAAACACAGGCAGUUGCUCAAGUGUUAUAAAAGUGCCUACAAAAGCAAACUAACCCUGACUAAAGUCCCAGAAGAAAUACAGAAACAAAUUCAGGAUUUGGAGAAGACUCUAGAUGUUUUUAACAUAAUUUUAGCAAGGCAACAAGCAAAAGUUGAGGUGAUUCGAUCUGGGCAAAAAUUAAGGAAAAAGUCUGCUGACACAGGCGAGAAACGUGGAGGCUGGUUUAGUGGGUUUUGGGGUAAGAAGGAGUCCAAGAAAAAAGAUGAAGAAUCUUUGAUUCCUGAAACUAUUGAUGACAUUAUGACUCCAGAAGAAAAAGAUAAGCUCUUCACUGCUAUUGGUUAUAGUGAGAGCUCCCACAACUUAGCUUUACCCAAGCAGUAUGUUGCCCAUAUAAUGACACUGAGACUAGUCAGCACCUCUGUCACAUUAAGAGAAAACAAAAAUAUCCCAGAAAUACUGAAAAUUCAGAUAAUUGGCCUGGGCACCCAAGUAUCUCAGCGACCAGGAGCACAAGCACUUAAGGUGGAAGCAAAGUUAGAACACUGGUACAUCACAGGUCUGAAACAGCAGGGUGUUGUACCGUCACUCGUGGCUUCCAUUGGCGAUACUACCUCAUCCUUGCUUAAAAUCGAGUUUGAAACCAACCCCGAGAAUAGCACGGCUGACCAGACUCUGAUUGUUCAGUCUCAGCCUGUGGAGGUCAUCUACGAUGCUAAAACCAUCAAUGCAGUGGUUGAAUUCUUUCAAUCAAAUAAAGGAUUAAAUCUUGAACAAAUAACAUCAGCUACAUUAAUGAAGCUGGAAGAAAUUAAAGAGAGAACAGCUACAGGACUUACACACAUUAUUGAAACUCGAAAAGUCCUUGAUUUAAGGAUAAAUCUGAAGCCUUCUUAUCUAAUACUUCCACAGACAGGUUUCCACCAUGAAAAAUCAGAUCUUCUCAUUGUAGACUUUGGUACAUUUCGGCUUAACAGUAAAGAUCAAGGUUUGCAGAAGACUAAUAAUUCAUCUCUGGAAGAAAUAAUGGAUAAAGCAUAUGACAAGUUUGAUGUUGAAAUAAAAAGUGUGCAGUUACUCUUUGCAAGAGCAGAUGAAAAUUGGAAAACGUGUCGAUUUCAGCAUCCAUCAACUAUGCAUAUAUUGCAACCCAUGGAUAUUCAUGUUGAGUUGGCCAAGGCAAUGGUAGAAAAAGACAUUAGAAUGGCCAGAUUGAAAGUAUCUGGAGGACUUCCGUUGGUGCAUGUGAGGAUUUCUGACCAGAAGAUGAAAGAUGUGCUAUGUUUGAUUAACAGUAUACCCUUGCCACAGAAAUCCUCUGCACAGUCUCCAGAGAGACAGGUAUCCUCAAUUCCCAUUAUUUCAGAUAGGACAAAGGACCUACUUGGUACUUCACUGUUGCUAGAUGGAGUAGAAUCAGAGUCUGAUGAUGAAUAUUUUGAUGCCGAAGAUGGAGAUACACAGACUGGUAAAAGUGUGACAAGUUCAGUACUAAAAAAAGUUGCAGAGGCCCCAAAUGAGGAGCUCAUUAAUCUUUUACUAAAGUUUGAAAUUAAAGAGGUGAUUUUGGAAUUUACCAAACAACAGAAAGAAGAAGAUACAAUUCUAGUAUUUAAUAUUACUCAUUUAGGAACAGAGGCUACGAUGAGAACAUUUGAUAUAACUAUGGUAUCUUAUUUAAAGAAAAUCAGCUUGGAUUACCAUGAAAUUCAAGGAUCCAGAAAGAAGCCCCUUCACUUGAUUAGCUCUUCUGAUAAACCUGGAUUAGAUCUCUUAAAAGUAGAAUAUGUUAAGGCUGAUAAGAAUGGACCUAGUUUUCAAACCGCAUUUGAAAAAACUGAACAAACACUUAAGGUGGCUUUUUCAUCUUUAAAUCUGUUGCUGCAAACACAAGCUCUUCUGUCUUCUAUUAAUUACCUGACAACCAUAAUUCCAUCCAGUGACCAAAGAAGUGAUUCCAAAGAAGUGCAAAUUUCAGAUGAGAAGCAACAAAAAAAUUCAGCUCUGCAGAAAGUGAUUGCAUCCUCUAAAGAUAGGGACAUUAUUGACUUCAGGCUGUUUGCCAAAUUGAAUGCUUUCUGUGUCACUGUUUGCGAUGAGAAGAACAAUAUUGCUGAAAUCAAGAUUCAAGGUCUUGAUUCUUCUCUUUCUCUUCAGUCAAGAAAACAGUCACUAUUUGCCAGAUUGGAAAAUAUUAUUGUCACAGAUGUUGAUCCUAAGACAGUCCAUAAAAAAGCUGUCUCAAUAAUGGGAAAUGAAGUUUUUCAUUUUAACUUGGAUUUGUAUCCAGAUGCUACCGAGGGAGAGUCCUAUACUGACAUGUCCAAAGUGGAUGGUGUGGUAUCACUGAGUGUUGGCUGUAUUCAGAUUGUCUAUCUUCAUAAAUUCCUCAUGUCACUACUGAACUUCCUGAACAAUUUCCAGACAGCCAAAGAAGCUCUAAGUGCUGCCACUGCGCAGGCUGCAGAAAAGGCUGCCAGGAGUGUGAAAGAUCUUGCCCAGAGGAGUUUUCGUGUUUCUCUCAGUAUUGAUCUGAAAGCACCAGUUAUAGUCAUCCCACAGUCUUCCAUUUCCACUAAUGCAGUAGUGGUCGAUCUUGGGCUAAUCAGAGUUCAAAAUCAGUUCAGUCUGGUGUCUGGGGAAGACCAUUUAAACCCUCCAGUAAUUGAUAGAAUGGAUGUGCAGCUAACAAAGCUCAAGCUCUCUAGGACAGUGAUCCAGCCAGGCAUUUCCCAUCCUGAUAUUCAGCUCUUGCACCCAAUUAACUUGGAAUUGUCUGUAAAUCGGAAUCUAGCUGCAUCUUGGUAUCACAAAGUGCCUGUUGUAGAAAUUAAAGGACAUCUUGAGUCAAUGAAUGUUAAUCUCAAUCAAGAAGAUCUUAAUCUUUUAUUUAGAAUACUAGCAGAAAAUCUUGGUGAGGCUACUGAAGACUUGAAUAAAAUGAAACCAGGAGUACAAAAGACAGGUGAAAUUAAAGGGCCACUUGAAACCUCUACAGCAAAACAAGAUGUACAUGCUUCCCAAGGUACUUUAACAGCUGGAAUGGAAGAAAUGAGAUCUGUAGACAUCAUUAAUGUGCUGCUGAAUUUUGAAAUCAAAGAGGUUGUGAUUACUUUGAUGAAAAAAGCAGAGAAGAAAGGAAGGCCUUUACAUGAACUUAAUGUCCUGCAGCUUGGAAUGAAAGCUAAAGUCAAACCCUAUGACCUGACUGCUAAAGCUUAUCUAAAAAAAAUUAGUAUGCGAUGCUUUGAGUUCCCUGACUCUGCAGGAGAGCCACUUCACAUUAUUAACUCUUCUAAUGUAACUGAGGAGCCCCUGCUGAAAAUGUCACUGACAAAGGCAGACAGUGAUGGACCAGAAUUUAAAACCGUUCAUGACAAUACCAAACAGAGACUGAAGGUUUCAUUUUCAUCCUUAGACUUAGUACUUCAUUUGGAAGCUUUACUGUCCUUCAUGGAUUUUUUAUCAUCUGCUGUUCCAUCCUCUGAACCUUCCUCUUCUGAGAAGGAAUCUGAGCUGAAACUACUUGUGGGGGAGUCCAGAAGUAUCGUUGUCAAAGCUGUAUCCAGCAGUACUUCUGAAGAUGAUGUGUUUGAUUUAAAGGUCAUAGCUGAAUUAAAUGCAUUUAAUAUCUUUGUCUGUGAUCAGAAGUGUAACAUUGCAGAUAUUAGAAUACGUGGAAUGGAUGCCUCUAUUUCUGUGAAGCCAAAGCAGACUGACAUGUUUGCCAGACUUAAGGAUAUAGUAAUUACGAAUGUUGAUUUGCUGUCCAUUCACAAAAAGGCUGUCUCUAUUUUGGGAGAUGAAGUCUUUAGGUUCCAAAUGACUCUCUAUCCAGAUGCUACAGAAGGAAAGGCCUAUGCUGAUAUGUCUAAAGUAGAUGGGAAACUUAGUCUCAAAGUGGGUUGUAUCCAAAUUGUUUAUGUUCAUAAAUUCUUCAUGUCUCUUUUGAACUUCCUCAACAAUUUCCAAACUGCCAAAGAAGCUUUGAGCUCAGCCACAGUCCAGGCUGCAGAAAGAGCUGCUUCCAGCAUGAAAGACUUGGCUCAAAAGAGUUUCCGCCUUUUGAUGGAUAUUAACUUGAAAGCACCAGUUAUUAUCAUUCCUCAGUCUUCAGUAUCGCCAAAUGCUGUUGUAGCAGAUCUGGGUUUAAUCAGAGUUGAAAACAAAUUUAGCUUAGUUCCUGUGGGGCAUUAUUCUCUUCCUCCAGUCAUUGACAAGAUGAACAUUCAACUAACUCAGUUGAAGUUGUCCAGAACUAUUUUGCAGGCUGGCUUGCCACAACAUGACAUUGAAAUUUUAAAACCAGUCAACAUGCUUUUGUCCAUACAGCGAAAUUUAGCAGCAGCAUGGUAUGUGCAAAUUCCAGGGAUGGAGAUAAAAGGAAAACUAAAGCCUAUGUUGGUUGCUCUCAGUGAAGACGACUUAACAGUUUUAAUGAAAAUCUUGCUGGAAAAUCUCAGAGAAGCUUCUUCACAGCCAAGCCCUACACAGUCUACCCAGGAGGCUGUAAGAGUAAGAAAAGAUGUUCUGGGUGGGCCGGACCACCUCAAAGAACAAGAUUUGCCAGAAUCAAAGCUUUCUAUGGACCAAAGUGUCACUCUUCAAUUUGACUUUCACUUUGAAUCUCUUUCCAUUGUCCUUUAUAACAAUGAUAUCAACCAGGAAUCCAAACUUUCAUUUCACAAUGACAGUUUCCGGCUUGGUGAACUCAGACUACAUCUUAUGGCCUCUGUAGGGAAGAUGUUUAAGGAUGGCUCAAUGAAUGUCAGCCUUAAACUUAAGACAUGCACUCUUGAUGAUCUCAGAGAAGGCAUUGAGAGAGCAACAUCAAGAAUGAUUGAUAAAAAGAAUGACCAAGAUGACAACAGUUCCAUGAUUGAUAUAAGUUACAAACAAAGCAAAACUGGAAGUCACAUUGAUGCUGUUCUUGACAAGCUAUACGUAUGUGCCAGUGUGGAGUUUCUGAUGACUGUGGCAGAUUUCUUUAUCAAAGCUGUGUCUCAGAAUCCAGAAAAUAUGGCAAAAGAAGCACAGAUUCCGCUACGGCAGACAGCCACAGCAAAAAUCAAGAUGGAGAAAGAUGACUCUGUAAGACCAAACAUGACUUUAAAGGCCAAGAUCACAGAUCCAGAAGUGGUAUUUGUUGCCAGUCUGACGAAGGCUGAUGCUCCUGCUCUGACAGCCUCAUUCCAGUGUAACCUGUCUCUGUCAACAUCCAAACUUGAACAGAUGAUGGAAGCUUCUGUGAGAGAUCUUAAAGUCCUUGCUUGCCCUUUUCUCAGAGAAAAAAGAGGAAGAAACAUUACCACAGUCUUACAGCCCUGUUCUUUAUUUAUGGAAAAAUGUAUGUGGGCCUCAGGAAAACAAAAUAUAAGUAUUAUGGUUGAAGAAUUUAUAAUUAAGAUUUCGCCCAUAAUUCUGAAUACUGUGAUGACAAUCAUGGCUGCUAUGUCUCCAAAGACAAAAGAAGAUGAAUCCAAAGAUACAUCUAAGGAAACAGAAAACCUUUGGGGUGUCAAACCUAUUAGUGAUUAUAACUCUUGGUUUCUUGGUGUUGACCUGGCAAGAGAAAUAACAGAAAAUUUCAAAGACUUUCAACAUCCAUCAGUAGAGGAAAAGUGUGCUGUUGUUGUAGAGUCGGUUCAGGUUACCUUAGAAUGUGGCCUUGGGCAUCGAACUGUACCUUUAUUACUGGCGGAGUCUAAGUUUUCAGGAAACAUUAAAAAUUGGACUUCCCUUAUGGCUGCUACUGCUGACAUGACAUUAGAGGUUCACUAUUACAAUGAGACCCAUGCUGUUUGGGAGCCACUGAUUGAGAGAGUGGAGGGGAAGAGACAAUGGAAUUUAAGGCUUAAUGUAAAGAAGAAUCCAGUCCAGGAUAGAAGUUUAAUGCCAGGAGAUGAUUUUAUUUUUCUUCCUGAGCCACAAACAGCAGUUUGUAUUUCUUCAGGAGAUACAAUGAAUAUAACAAUAUCCAAAAGUUGCCUUAAUGUUUUCAACAAUUUAGCCAAAGGUUUUUCAGAGGGCACUGCUUCUACUUUUGACUACUCUUUAAAAGAUAGGGCUCCUUUUACAGUAAAAAAUGCUGUAGGUGUUCCCAUUAAGGUGCAGCCCACUCAUAAUCUUAGAGUAAUAGGCUUCCUUGAGAAAAGUGGUGUUUAUGAUGUUGAUGCUGGUCAGAAUUUGGAAUUGGAAUAUGCUAGCAUGGAACCUUCACGUCAAGGAAAAUUAGCUAUAUUGAGCCGUCAAGAAAGCUCCUUCUUCACUCUAACCUUUGUACCUCAUGGAUAUACAGAAGUUGCAAAAGUUCCUGUUGCCAGAUCCGGAAGACGAUUGUAUAAUGUACGGAAUCCCAAUGCCAGUCGUUCUGACUCAGUCUUGGUACAAAUUGAUGCAACUGAAGGGAGUAAAGUAAUUACCCUUCGCUCUCCUCUGCAGAUUAAAAACCAUUUCUCUAUUGCAUUCAUCAUCUAUAAAUCUGUUAAGAAUGUUAAGCUAUUGGAGCGCAUUGGAGUAGCCAGACCUGAAGAGGAGUUCCAUGUUCCUUUAGAUUCAUAUAGAUGUCAGUUGUUUAUUCAGCCAGCUGGUAUCUUAGAGAAUCAGUACAAAGAAUCCACCACUUAUAUUUCUUGGAAGGAAGAACUUCACAGGAGCAGGGAAGUCAGAUGCAUGCUGCAGUGUCCAUCAGUAGAAGUCAACUUCUUACCUCUCAUUGUCAAUACAGUUGCUCUGCCUGAUGAAUUAAGCUAUAUAUGUACCCAUGAGGAAGACUGGGAUCCGGCUUACAUUAUUCAUCUUUAUCCUACCCUCACUUUGCGGAACCUUCUCCCAUAUUCUCUAAGAUACUUACUCGAAGGAACAGCAGAAACUCAUGAGCUCACAGAAGGCAGUGCUGCUGAUGUUCUACAUUCAAGAAUCAGUGGAGAAAUAAUGGAAUUGGUUCUGAUGAAGUAUCAGGGCAGAAACUGGAAUGGACAUUUCCGUCUAUGUGAUACACUUCCCGAAUUCUUUCUUGUAUGUUUUUCCUCUGACUCCACAGAAAUGAUGUCAAUUGACUUGUCAGUACAUGUCAAACGAAUUGGCAGCCGGAUGGUGCUAUCUGUCUUUAGUCCCUACUGGCUGAUCAACAAGACUUCUCGGGUUCUCCAGUAUCGUUCGGAAGACAUUCAUGUGAAACAUCCAGCUGAUUUCAGGGAUAUUAUUUUAUUCUCUUUCAAGAAGAAGAACAUUUUUAGUAAAAAUAAGGUACAAUUAAAAAUUUCAACUAGUGCCUGGUCCAGUGGUUUUUCAUUGGAUACAGUGGGAAGUUAUGGGUGUGUGAAGUGUCCUGCCAGCAAUAUGGAGUACCUGGUUGGUGUUAGCAUCAAAAUGAGUAGUUUUAAUCUUACACGAAUAAUUACUCUGACUCCCUUUUGUACCAUUGCAAACAAGUCAUCAUUAGAACUAGAAGUUGGCGAAAUUGCAUCUGAUGGCUCAAUGCCAACUAAUAAGUGGAACUAUAUUGCUUCUUCAGAGUGCCUUCCCUUUUGGCCUGAAAAUUUGUCAGGCAAACUUUGUGUGAGAGUGGUGGGCUGUGAAGGAUCCUCCAAACCAUUUUUUUAUAACCGACAGGAUAAUGGCACUUUAUUGAGCUUAGAAGAGCUGAAUGGGGGUAUCUUGGUGGAUGUAAACACUGCUGAGCAUUCAACUGUCAUAACCUUUUCUGAUUACCACGAGGGAUCUGCACCUGCCUUAGUGAUAAACCACACAUCACAGGACGUCGUCACAUACAAACAGAGUGGGACACAGGAGGAAGUGUACUUGGUGCCAGGAGAAGCUCGACUUUUUGCCUGGGCAGAUCCUACUGGUACCAGAAAACUUACCUGGACAUAUGCAGCAAAUACUGGAGAACACAGUCUGUUAAAGGAUGAAUGUGGCCAGUUUCCCUAUGAUGCAAAUACUCAGAUACACUGGGUAUCAUUCCUAGAUGGGCGCCAGAGAGUGUUGCUUUUCACUGAUGAUGUUGCCUUGGUUUCCAAAGCACUUCAGGCAGAAGAAAUGGAGCAGGCCGAUCAUGAAAUAACCUUUUCUCUCCACAGUCUUGGGCUUUCCCUGGUUAACAAUGAAAACAAGCAGGAAGUUUCAUAUAUUGGGAUAACCAGUGAUGAUUCUGCUUCAAAGAUCUCAAGUGUAGAUCACCUUAAGGCAGAUCUUUUGGUCAAUUUUGAUAAAGUUCCCAUGGAAAUGCGCCUCCCUGUUCAUUGCCCAAUAAAGCGAGAUUUUUUAUCAGGGAUUCAGAUUGAAUUUAAGCAGUCUCCUCACCAGAGAAGUUUAAGAGCCAAAUUGUACUGGCUUCAGGUUGAUAGUCAGUUACCAGGUACAGUGUUUCCUGUUGUAUUUCAUCCUGUGGCUCCUCCAAAAUCUAUUGCUUUGGAUUCAGAGCCCAAACCUUUCAUUGAUGUGAGUGUCAUCACAAGAUUUAAUGAAUACAGUAAAGUAUUACAGUUCAAGUAUUUUAUGGUCCUCAUUCAGGAAAUGGCCUUGAAAGUUGAUCAGGGGUUUCUAGGAGCUAUUAUUGCACUGUUUACCCCAACAACUGACCCUGAAGCUGAAAGAAAACGGACAAAGUUAAUCCAACAAGAUAUUGAUGCUCUAAAUACAGAAUUAAUGGAGACUUCGAUGACUGAUAUGUCAGUUCUUAGUUUCUUUGAACAUUUCCAUAUUUCUCCUGUUAAGUUGCAUUUGAGUCUGUCCUUGGGUAGUGGAGGCGAAGAGUCAGACAAAGAAAAACAAGAAAUGAUUGCAAUUCAUUCUGUCAAUCUGCUGUUGAAAAGCAUAGGUGCUACUCUGACUGAUGUGGAUGACCUAAUAUUCAAACUUGCUUAUUAUGAACUUCGGUAUCAGUUUUACAAGAGAGAUCAGCUCAUGUGGAGUGUUGUUAGACAUUACAGUGAACAGUUCUUGAAACAGAUGUAUGUCCUUGUAUUGGGCUUAGAUGUGCUUGGAAACCCAUUUGGAUUAAUUAGAGGUCUGUCUGAAGGAGUUGAAGCUUUAUUCUAUGAACCCUUCCAGGGUGCUGUUCAAGGCCCUGAAGAAUUUGCUGAGGGCUUAGUGAUUGGAGUAAGAAGUCUCUUUGGACACACUGUAGGUGGUGCAGCAGGAGUUGUAUCUCGCAUCACCGGUUCUGUUGGAAAAGGUUUGGCAGCAAUUACAAUGGACAAGGAAUAUCAGCAAAAAAGAAGAGAAGAGAUGGGCCGACAGCCUAAAGAUUUUGGAGACAGCCUGGCCAGAGGAGGAAAGGGCUUCCUGCGUGGAGUUGUUGGAGGAAUGACUGGGAUAAUAACAAAACCUGUGGAAGGUGCCAAAAAGGAAGGAGCUGCUGGAUUCUUUAAAGGAAUUGGAAAGGGGCUUGUGGGUGCUGUGGCUCGUCCAACCGGUGGAAUCAUAGAUAUGGCCAGCAGCACCUUCCAAGGAAUUCAGAGAGCAGCAGAAUCAACCGAGGAAGUGUCCAGGCUCCGUCCCCCUCGUUUCAUCCACGAGGACGGCAUCAUUCGCCCAUAUGAAAGGCAGGAAUCCGAGGGCUAUGAUUUAUUUGAGAAUCAUAUCAAAAAGUUAGAAGGAGAGACUUAUCGAUACCACUGUGCUAUUUCUGGAAGCAAGAAGACAAUCCUUAUGGUUACAAAUAGGCGAGUGUUGUGUAUAAGUGAAGUUGAAAUCCUCGGCCAUAUGUCCAUAGACUGGCAGUGUCCAUUUGAAGAUUUUGUACUUCCUCCCAGUGUCCAUGGAAACCUGCUAAAAAUUUCAAUCAAGGAGCGGGGUCUGUUCCACAAAAAAGACAGUGCCAGUCAUGGCUGUCGGAACAUUUACCUGCAGAACACCACCACAGCAGAGAAAGUAUAUAAUGCCAUUGAUGACGCACGGUCAAUGAGACACCAGCAAAAAUUGAUGAAGCAAUCAUCACUGAAACUUCUCAGGCCCCAAAUACCAUUUUAAUCACAGAUCCCAGGGGGCUGCUACUGGGAGAAAAACCAACCAGUUGGUCUUGUCUAUAAAUCACUCUUCUUUAUCUUGCUAAAGAGAAUUUUUCAAGCAAUCCUUUAGUUUUAGAAUUUUUUUUCUAGGAUCAUGAGUAUUGGAUUUUCCAUGUUUUCCCCUUUAGGUUUGACUCUAAUUUUGUAACCAUCUGUACGUCAGCAACUCACUUCUACACUGCCACCUAAAUGGGUCAGGCCCUCAAAGAAAUAUCACUUGAAACUCAGAGUGAAAUUUCCAUUAAUGUUAAAGUUGUGAAGCAAAGGGCAAUGGACCUGUUUUUAAUUAAAGUUUUUGCUGAAGAAUAAGAGAAGAGCUUAGAAUGACUAGUGUUCUUUAGGAGGUUUGGACAAACCUUUGGACAGGUAUUGGAUAUUUUAUUUAAAGGUAAUUUGUUCAAUAACUGAACUGAGGUCAUAUUUUUGGUAAAUCAGAUAACUGAAGAAAAGCCACUAAAGGGAGAGAUGACAUGUUUUCUAUUUUCUUUUCAUGAAAACGUUAUUUUUCUCCUAAUAAAAACAUGUUUUACUUUGCUGCUUAUUUUUCUUCCUUGCAUUAGGAUAUAAAAACAUAUGGAAAAUCAAAUCUAAAAAUAUCUGUGGUCUGUGCUGUGUAAUGUAGCCUUCAUAAAACUUUUGAAAUUAUUUACAUGCUCCUUUGAGAGGAACUUAAGUGGCACAAUUAUAACUUGCUGAUACAUGGAAAUAUUGUACUUUAUGUUUUUCAAGACUCAAAUAUGAAAAGCUCAGUAUUUUUAUAUUUCUAGAAAUUGUUUUUUUAUAAGUUGAAAGAUUUUUAAGAGCAUCAUAAACUAAUACUUAAUCCUAUUGCAUACCUAGAAAUGUAUUUUAAAUACUUAUUAGGAAGAAUGAAAAAUCUCUAGUUAUUUUAUAUAUAAAUAAAAUAAAGCAUAUAUAACAACACUGUGGAAAAUACCUGGUAAGCAUGUCCUUUGAGGGAGCAAACUUAUGAGAAUCCGUUCAGUACAGCAUUAUUUUUGUCCUUUCCACAUCUCACUUAUGCUGAUCAGAGAUAUACUGCCUAUAAAAGCUUUUUUUAAAAUGCUCAGAAGUAUAUACCUUGAAUGAAUCUUUACAUUCACUCAUGGAUUUUAACAUGACAUUUAUUUCAAAUCACUGAAUUAAUGAUGUAAAUGAAGAUGUGGACAUACCUGGUUUGCUCUGUUUUUGUUGAUAGGUGGUCAGGCUUCUACUAUUUUUAUUGAUGUUUUUUAAGACCAGCCUUAAAACUUUUUAAAUUUUUCCUAGUUAAUAAUUACUGUAGACUCCAAAAGGAGGAUAUAAUAACUGAUACCCUAAAUAUUUGAUCUAUGAUACAGUUAUGGUGGGCUUUGCCUUUUCAACAUCAUUUAUUUUUCUGUGAAGGAACAUGUCAUAUAUAAAACUUCUAGCCUUAAACAAUUUCUGUGUCAUUCGUUAAUCACAACUUAUUACAGGGAGUAUCAUAAACAGAAUUUCAUAGCAAAUGUGUUAGUUUUUUGUGUCUUUAAAGCUGACUUAAUCAGGAAUUUGAGAUAUCUGAUUAUAUAUUUCAUAGGAAUCACAGCUAUUGACGAUGUCCUAAAUAUUUAAGAAACCAUAUUGUACUGAUGGCAUGUACAAAACAUUGAACUAAAAAAUUUUUAUAGAAAUAUAUAAAUUCAUCAUCUCAGUUGGCUUAAAAGUAAACUUUCAAAUGUUUGUGACAUUCUAAUUUGAUUUAAUCCCCUGGGACAGAAAUAAUUCAUUGGUAGAGUAUAAUGUCUUUUGUGUUUUUAAAAAUGCUUUGAGAGUUAAUUAUUUGCUUAUGAACUACUGAGAGAAAUAAAAUAUUUAAUGCAUUGUU